AUGGAAAUACAUAGUGUUGGUCCGUUUAUUAUUGGUAAAACCCUGGGUCAGGGUACAACAGGCAAAGUGAAGCUUGGAUUUCAUAAGGAUACUGGAUUCAAAGUUGGAAUCAAAAUUAUCAACAAAGAUUUACUCAAUAAUAAACCAUCUAUGAGAAGAAAGAUCGAGAGAGAGGUUGUACUUAUGAAACUAAUAGACCAUCCAAAUGCCUUAAAGAUGUAUGAAGUAUAUGAAACUUCAAAUUAUUUGUAUGUAAAAGAUAAGAUUAAAUUAACCAUCUUAAAUUAUGAUAGAUUCCUAAUUUUAGAAUAUGUAGAAGGUGGAGAGUUAUUUGAUUAUCUAGUGGAAAAAGGUGGUUUGGAAAGUGGAGAAGCUUUGUUUUUCUUCCAACAAAUUAUAGGUGGUUUAGAUUAUUGUCAUAGUAGAAAUAUAUGUCAUAGAGAUUUAAAACCAGAGAAUUUAUUGUUAAGCGGAGACAAAAAGAUAAAGAUUUGUGAUUUUGGAAUGGGUUCGAUUAUAAAGAAAGACAGUCUUUUACACACUAGUUGUGGUUCACCUCAUUAUGCCAGUCCUGAAGUGGUUUCUGGAAUUGAUUACGAUGGACAAAAGACUGAUGUUUGGAGUUGUGGUGUUAUUUUAUAUGCAUUGUUAACUGGACGACUUCCAUUCGAUGAUGAUAAUAUUAGAAGAUUAUUGAGCAAAGUAAAGAGUGGUGAUUUUGUUAUGCCAGCUUACAUUCACAAGGAUGCACAAGAUUUAUUAACAAAAAUGUUAAUUGUCGAUCCAAAGAAGAGAAUUUCUAUCAAGGAUAUCAAAAAGCAUCCAUGGUUCCUCUCGAAUACAGUUCAAAUUCAGAAAUCAAUCCCAGUCGAUGAAAUUGUAUCAACGCCAUUGCCCGAUCUCUCUGUUCUAGACGAUGAAAUAUUUAGAAGUUUAAUGGUACUGGGACUGGGUUCUGUUGAUGAAGUUAAAAAAGCUUUAGUUAGUAAUGAAAAAUCACAAAUACUUGUAUAUUAUAGACUGCUUGAGGAAAGAAAGAAAUAUGAUACCGAAGGAAAUAAGUAUGGAGUUAAAAUUGCAAAGUCUGCCUCUGGCAACGAUAAGAGAAGAAACAGUGCAUCAGAACUCUCGUUGCGUCGUAUGUUUGGAAAACAAAAGAGUGCAACAGACAUCAAUCCACCAUCACCUCAUCAUCCAAACGGAAUACCACCUCCACUCAACCUCUCGAAUUCCAAUAACAGUAUAUCUCAACAACAGCCAUCACAACAACAGCCAUCAUCACAACAACAACAGCAAUCACCAAGACAACAGAUAUCAUCAUCAGAAGGAUUACUUAAACAAGCACUCCAACAGCAUCAUCAUCAACAGCAACAACAUCAUCAACAAUAUCACCAACAACAACAACAACAACAACAACAAAAUACAUAUGGUUCAUCACCUCUUUCCAUCUCUGGAAGCAGUAGCAACAAUCUCAAGAGCCAAUCUUCUUCAUCGAUGAUGAACGGCGGCGCCAAUGGAGCGACAACAACAACAACGACAACGACUUCCAGUGGUGGUGCACCAGCGACACCAACAUUGUUAGAGAGUUUGAAUUGGAAUCAACUAUUGCUCAAACCAAGGUUUAUGGUUCUCUAUAACCGUCAAGCUGAGUUAGAGCAAUACUUUAUCGGGCGAUACAAAGAGAAGAAUAAGAAUAAGAUUGUUUUCACCUAUGACUACGAGAUCCAGGAUACAAUGUUUACCGCCAUCGAUUGUAACAAUCGGCAGAUACUAAAGUUCUUGAUAGAUCAUCUUGAACAAAAAGUCGAUCUCAGUUCCAUGCUUACAAGAAGUGCAACACGAGGCAGAAUGGAUAUCGUAAACUACUUGAUGACACUUCCUUACAAUAACUGGAACUAUAAAUUCGCAUUGCUUCAAUCACCAUACGGAAAGAACUUCCAAGUAUUCGAAUUCCUUGUGGGUAAAGUACAAAAGUCUUUCAAAAAAGGUGAUAGACCUCUAAGCGAGAUAUUUGGAAUGACUAUCAUUGCUGCUGCCAAGAGUGGACGAACAGAUAUGAUUCAAUGGUUAUUAGAUAGGUUCAGUCUCGACUUGAAUACUAUUAUCGAUCGAAAGGCUAUUUAUAAUAUAUUGAUGGGUGGUCAUGUCCACAUAGCCGAAUGGUUAAAAAGUAGAAACAUCGAUAUAUUCAGGUUGGGUGGUUUGCUAACUAUGAACUACCCUGCGACACAACGUAGGUUUGAGAUGAUGAAAUGGCUUCACAAAAACAAUAUAGAUAACAUCGAUAUUGGCUGGACAGGUACUAUGGAUUAUAUUGCAAUGCUGGGCGAUCUAGAAAUACUACAGUGGAUGCAUGAAAAUAGAAGUGAAGGAUGUUCCUCCAAGGCAAUAGACAACGCAGCUAGCAGAGGAUAUCUUUCAGUGGUGAUUUGGUUACACGAAAAUACAGAUAAAGGAUGUACUACCGAUGCGAUGGAUGGUGCUUGUUUCCACAGUUUUGAACUUGUGCGAUGGCUGCAUGAGAAUCGUAGUGAAGGUUGCACUCUCAAAGCAUUCGAGAACGCAGUUCGUAGCAACAAAUUAGAGAUCUUGGAUUUCCUGAUGCAGAACAGAACAGAGUUUCUCAGUGAGAAUCUCACAAACCAUCAAAAUGAAGCUAUGAGAAAAAAGAUAGACUUGGCUUUGGAUUUCGGCGGUCAUGUGGAAAUAAUCAAUUUCUUCUAUCACAACUAUAAAUAUGGGAUUCACGAGAUCAAAGAGCAUAUUCUUAAAACAAUCAAGAGUUGCUACCAACCAUUGCUAUCUUUUUUACUUCAACAUCAUAUCGAACUAUUCAAAAACAAUUCGAUUACAUUUUCGUCAUUAGAGGUAAUAUUAAAACAGUGUCAAUCAUUGACUCAAAGUAUGUCUGACACAACUCAAAUCAAUAACGAUAAGAUGGACAACAAACAAGUUGUAAUCAAUUUUUAUAGAGCUGGCGAUUCGUUUGGAUGUUUUAGUAAUUUUUCACGUCAUAAAGUCCAUCUUGCAGGUUUUGUUUGGCCUACAUCCGAGCACUAUUUUCAAGUAUAUCAUUAUCGAUCGGUCAUUGUUUUCUAUUCUACUGCCUUUAUUAACCUUAAAGUUUUGUUUGAUUCAUCAUUAGGCUAUAUCAACUACUAUCAUGCAAUUAGAGAAGCAAAGACACCAGGUGACAGCGCUUCGAUGGGUCGUUCAAGAGCACAUCCAUUGAGAAAAGACUGGGAGGACAUCAAAGAUAAAGUAAUGUUUGAUGUUUGUCUUGCCAAAUUCCAACAACACAAAGAUAUUCAAAAGCAUAACUUAUACUUCUUUUUAACUAAACAAUCAGUUCUUUUGGAUACUGAAGAUGCAACCCUAGUUGAGCACACUAAGAAUGAUUCAUAUUGGGGUGAUGGUGGUGAUGGCACUGGUAAAAAUAUGCUUGGCCAAACUUUGGAAAAAGUUAGAGAUUUCAUAAGAAAUAAUCCAAAAUAA